AUGACCAAGGGCCCUCGGAAAGUGAAGCUAGUCAUUGUAGUCAACAAUAAGAAAGACCCGCCUACGUUCAAGACAUUGACGCCGACUUCUCGCACACAGCUGAAGCAACAGUUGAUGCGCGAACAUGCACAGGAGCAGCUGCGCAGAGAAUCGUUACAAGCACAACAAGCAGGCCAGUCCAAGGACAAUGAGGAGAAGAAGAAGUCAAGUCCGGCGGAGGUGCCGCGGAUCACGCCUCACGUUGACCUACCGCCACAAGUAUUACAGGUGCGAACAGUUCUGGAGAACCCCACCAGGUAUCACGUGAUACAGAAACAGAAGAGUCAAGUGCGCCAGUACCUCAGUGAAUCAUUUCAACCUCAGACACAGGUGUCACCGCGAUGUGCGCCGACGCAGUCUGCGCCGGAGUUGGGCACGCGGCGCGCGUCCUCUCCGGAGCGACCCUCCUCCUCACUGCGCUCGCCCGGCAUACCCUCUGCUAGUAAUAAUUCAGAGGCUGACGAGUUCCUAGAAGACAUCCUAUCAUUAGACAGUGGUGCGGGUCCCCUCUCCUCGUCGGGUCCUCCAUCGGCCGCCAGCUCCGUGGCCGGAGACUGCGCCCUCCUCACAGAGUCAGACAUGCACGCCCUCGCCAAGGAUAGACAGAAGAAAGACAAUCAUAAUAUGAUUGAAAGACGCCGCCGCUUCAACAUAAACGACCGGAUAAAGGAAUUAGGCACGUUACUGCCUAAAACAAACGAUCCCUUCUACGAAGUGAUUAGGGACGUGCGGCCGAACAAAGGCACUAUCCUAAAGAGCAGCGUGGACUAUAUCAAAUGUUUGCGAGAUGAAGUAAAUAGAUUGAAACAAAGUGAACAGCGGCGAAAACAAAUUGAAAUACAUAAUAGGAAAUUAAUGUUAAGAAUACAGGAGUUGGAGCGCCUGGCGCGCGUGCACGGGCUGCCGGUGUCUGGCGACGGCGGCCUGUCCCCGCACACGGACGACUCGGGCCGCGACUCGGGCCGGGACUCCGCCGCAGACACCUCGCCCGACCUGCGCGCCGCGCCGCCCGCCGCCACCCCCACUGCUGCACCGGAGCUGGUCCUACCAAAGUCGGAGCCAGCGUCCCUGAUGGAGUUCGGCGAGCAGCCCCCCGACCUGCUGCGCGACAUGCCCUCCGCGGAGUGUCUGUCCGCCCUCGACGCGCUCGGUACGACUCCUCAAUACAUUGCUAUUGAUGGUCUAAAGCUAGGUUCCUGUUCCCCCCUCAGUCGAGACGAGGGCCUAUCACUGGGCUGUCUCGAGCCAGACUUGUGUCUGGAACCCGUGCCAGACCACCUCUUCAACCAUAAAGACAUUAAGAUGCGUCUAUCUCCCACCCCGAACCUGCUGAGCAACGAGGACAGUGACGCCGUACUCAACCUCGCACAUAUAGAGGACCUCAUGGACGAUGACUCGCACAACCCCGUCACGCAAGGGGAUCCAAUGCUCUGCUCGUCUCCUACAUCCCAGCUGUGCCUCAGCAACGUGGUGGCGGAGGCAGCCGACAGGAACAUCUCCUCCAUGCUGCACGACGACUCCAACACCUUCCACACUGCUGGUUCAUCAUCCCUGCUAUCAGAAAGCGCACUAGGCCUUGGAGCAGGCCUGGCUUUAGGCGAAGGCCUACCAGCAUUACUCCUAGGACACCAUCACGCGCCGCACUCCCCGCACUCUCAUCCAAGGCAGCAUUGCUUCGACAUGGACCUCGGAGCGUAA